CGCGAGCGGGAUGGCGGCGGCGGGCGGCGAGGCCGCCGAGAUGGAGCCGGAGCCGUCACGGCGCGGCCCGGCGGCGGUGGCGGAGGGCGAGGACGAGGCGGGGGAGUCGGAGCUGGCGGCGGAGCUGGCGGCGCGGCGCAGCGCGGAGGCGCGGCGGCUGGUGCUGUCGCCGCGGCGGCUGUCGGGCCCGCUGCCCGCCGGGCUGUCGCAGUGGUUCCCGGCGUUGGAGGUGCUGGACGUGAGCGGGACGGGGCUGGCGGAGCUGGGCGAGGAGCUGCUGGCCCUGCCGCGCCUCCACACGCUCCUGGCCAAGAACAACCGGCUGGGCGGGCCCGGCUCGCUGCCCAAGGGGCUUGGGCAGGCCCCGCUCGGCCGCUCCCUCCGCGUCCUCAACCUCAGCGGGAACCGCUUUGCCGAGGUGCCGCCCGCGCUGCUGGGGCUCCGCGGGCUGCAGAGCCUCAGCCUCGGCGGUAACCGCCUCCACGGCAUCCCGCCCGACAUCCAGGAGCUCCGCAGUUUAGAGUUUCUGUACCUUGGAGGAAAUUUCAUUACUUCAAUUCCACCUGAACUAGCAAACCUGCCUUCUCUAAGUUAUCUAGUUCUGUGUGACAACAAGAUCCAGAGCAUUCCACCUCAGCUGGCACAGCUGCAUUCCCUGCGUUCCCUUAGCCUGCACAAUAACCUGCUGACUUACCUGCCUCGAGAGAUCCUUAACCUGGUCCACCUGGAAGAGCUGAGCUUGCGAGGGAACCCGCUGGUGGUUCGGUUUGUCCGUGACCUGACUUACAACCCCCCGAGCCUUCAGGAGCUGGCGGGACGCACCAUUAAAACUCGCAACGUUCCCUACGCGCCCAGCGACCUCCCGGAGAAUCUUGUCCGGUAUCUGAGCCUGGCCAGCAACUGUCCCAAUCCUAAAUGCGGGGGUGUCUACUUCGACAGCUGCGUCAGACAGAUCAAGUUUGUUGACUUCUGUGGGAAGUACCGCCUCCCACUGAUGCACUACCUGUGCUCCCCAGAGUGCUCCUCUCCCUGCAGCUCUGCCUCCCAGAGCUCCACGUCCCAGAGCGAGUCUGACUCUGAGGACGAAGCCAGCGUCGCGGCGCGCAGGAUGCAGAAAGUCCUCCUGGGAUAACGGGGAGGGAGCCGGAGGGGAAGGACGGGCAGGAAAACGCACUCAAAAAGCAAUAACGGAAGAGCCUCUGGCCCAAAGGGCUUAUGAGAAACUGUCCUCAAGUCCCCAUAAGGGGCAGAACAUCUUAGCAAGCCUAGACUUGCUUGGCGCAGUGCUACUUAGGAGAACUCACUCAGUCGCAUGCUGCCUGUAGGGUGCCUGGGGUUGUUAGGAACAUCUCCUGUCUGGGGCAUAACCCUCCUCGUGCCUCCUACGGGCCCCAGAGGGGGAGUUGUUCUCACUGGCAGAUUGAGAAGGGUUUUAAUAUGUGACACCUUUUUGUAUUUCAGUUGUCCUACAGAGCAAAGGAGACUGUCCAGGUCUUUUAACACUGUAGUGAAUCAGAAACAGGCUAAUGAUGCCACGUGAGUGAUGUGUGGACCCCAAUGUUUUAUGUAGCAUGAUUCUUUGCUGCCUCCCUUGAUCUCAGUCACAGUUUUUACACCCAUCAACUAAAAAUGGGAGUCAGGUUUGUUUUUUUCAGGAGUAGAUUCUUCCAAAGUCUGGUUACUCUUCCUUUGCCUACAGGUGUAGGGUCUCUGUGCUGUUACUGAUGCUACAGCCAUCAUAGAACUGAGCCACCUUUUUUCUCACUUGUAAUAGGAAGCUGCUCUUAGUGCUUCCUCCUAACUGUAUUUGUUAUUUUUUCCUCCCUCUGCCUUUUCCCAUCACACCUGGAGUGUUACUAUCUUUAUGGUGCCUUCAGAAAACAGACGAGCUGCUCUACUGAAACUUAGUAUUAGUUCAGACUUGUGACCAUACACACCCGUGCAAGGGACCAGAUGCGAUGCUCUGUGUCAUGUUUUUGAGUCUCCGCUUACUGGACCAAAUCUGCUUUUAUACCUGUGAAUUGCAGGAAGGAUCUUGAUUGUCAUUUCUUGUUUCUAAACACCCAUGUUCCCCUGCUGCACCGCUCUCUCCUGUGCUUGGUAGAGUUACCUUUUGUCUUUAAGGUCACCUGCUUAAAGUAGGCAGCAGCUUAAUGAAUUGCCAAGUACUGAGAGAAGUGCCAUGAAGGAUGGGCUCUUUUCUGAUUAAUAAUUUGAGAGGAAAAGCCAGUAGGGAGGCUAAAAGGCAUCUUGCACGAGGGAGUUUGGAAAGCUCUUCCUUAUUUAUUUGUUUGUUUUCACUUGCUCUUGUUGUAGUAGCUUUGGCGAUAUGUUGGAUUGUCCAAAUAACACCUUCGGUUAUCCAAAAUUCUGUUUAAAGGAAAGCUGCAGGAGAUAGCUCAGAAUUUGUAAUCAUCGAGAAGUACCUUAUAAAAUUAAUACUAUGGAUUGAGAGGUGUCUAUAAAUCUGCUUCAUGGGACCGUUGCUUGUUUUGCUCAGUGAGAGCUUCCCCUUUAUAUUUCAUGGCAGACAGUCCUUGUGAUGCAGCAUCAGACAGAGCAAAUCCAGCUGUGCCUUCGAAUUCACAAGCAGAGCAGAUACAUUACGUUAGGAAGCUAAAUGAACAAGAAGAACUUUUCUUAACCCACUUUGGCCUUAAAAAAGAAAGUGAAAAGCCUGUGAGCCUGUGCUGCUCUCCUGCAUUCAGAGAACCCCUGUACCUAUUUGCAUAUCUUAUGGGUGGCUCUCUGUUAAUGGUCCCAUUUAAUUACAUUUGACACUUUAUAUAUAAUUAAAGCACUUUGAUAAUUCUACUCUUUGUAACAAGCUUUAGUGGUUGUUUUUUUUCGUGGGUUUGGAGGGGUUUUUUUUCCUAACAGACUACAUUUUUUCCUUUCAUGUGACCCUGAAGAACAAGAUCUGUGAAACUUUGUACGUUCUGGUCUGUCUUGGUAUGCAGGUUGAACUUCUUGCCUUGCAUUUCUUUUGACAGCACUACUCAUUUUCCCGGUUUCCUUGGGAGAGAACUGGAAUUUGAAAUAAAUUACCUGGCUGUAGAAUAGCACCCCAUCCAUUACUAAUCACUGUGAUGUAGUCUGAAGAUUCCCCACAUGCACGGAUGAAUCCACAAGGAACUAAAUUGGAUGCGCUAUGUGCCUUUCCAAGUGACUGUUUGUUUUCAAGACACUAUUAGGUACAUGUGCAAAUGCUGUGAGGUUUGCCUGGGAGGAAGAACCUACAGAUUUUUGAGAGAAAGCCAUUGUAUGCUGUUAGUUAAACUUCACCUCCUCUUUCGGGCGCUUCUUCCCGUCUCGAGUGAACGUGGUCAUAGCAAUGCUGGAGGGCAGUAAGCUGAUUGCAGAGCCUCAAUUUAAAAUGAGCUGCUGGUACAACAGCAGCGAGAAACUUGAAUGGUCAAGAGCUUGGCUCUUCUGCCAGUGAAAGUGAAUCACACAAGUUGAGAUCUUGAGAUCUUUCAAGCUCAGGGCCAUGAGGUGCCGCCUUCCUUUCCUCUCUUGAGCAGCAGCUGUCUUGAAGCCAUGCGCGUUUUCUCUUCACCAAGUCAGAUUUCCCCACGGUGCCCGAUUGCACAGUAGCAGCACCUCUGCGUGUGACAAAGACCAGCGGUGGAUGAUUCUAAUUUAGCUUGAUCCCUAUCUGCACUUUCCUCCCUGACUGAACAGGCAUCCCAUAUCUGCCCCAGUUCUAGUAGGCUAAUUUGUUUUUUCACAGCUCUUUAGCUGUAGCUGGGUCAAGACUCGACAGCUUCUGCAGUUAAUAUCUCUAUGCAUUUUUUAGCCUUGAUUAAUCAUCUCUUAAAAAUAUAAAUACAUACAGUCCUGAAUAUAGCUACCAAUUUUUCUUCUUGCUGCUGGGCUUUAAAGUGCAAUUCAAGUAAGUCAGAACUUAAAACAAUCUAAGACUUGUAAGCAGAAGAAACGGUGGGCUGGUUGUGAUUUGUUUUUUUACCUUGGAGGUGGGAUUUGAGAGGGCCGGGGCUGCAGAUUUGUACUCUAGUGCCUCAUGUCCUCAGCCCCCAGGAGUCAAGGUUUUUUUCCAGCAAUUUUUAGCCCCCAAAGACUGGAAAAUGCAUUGGGCUGUAAAAUAGGCAAGACAAAACUUGAAGAUACACUGUUGGAUGGUUCCUAGUGUCCCUUUCUCAGGGACCCUGAGAAGCAGACGGUGCCUUUGCCAAGCAUUGUAGCUUGUCUCUUUGUCCGUUUUAAAGAGUGGAUUUCAGCUCUUCCAGAUGCAUCUCCGAGUGAAGUCUUCAGUCAGUGUUUUGCUAUCGGUCCUCUUGUUGCUACAGCAGCCCAGCACGUCCAGCUUUUGAAACUGUUCUUAUGCCAAGACACAAGUGUUUGAAGCAAAGUUGCUCAUUCCCUCUUCCCCGCGGGGCCUGGGGCCCUGCCUGCAUUUAUCCUCUGCCCCGCCGUCUCUUGGCCAAGGGGAGCUGCUGGUGCGUUUCUGAAUGCAGGUACUUGAUGUGAACAGUGGGGUCGUGUUUUAAAGGAAGCAAAAUAUCAAUUUGACUGGAAGCAACCUACACAGUUGCCAAUCCUUUUAUGUUUCUUUAAUAAGAGGUGAGACUCGAGGAAGUCAGUAAUGAAUAUUGAAACAUACUCUGAAGUGGCCAGAUGCAGUUUUUCACGGGCUUCUGUCCUGGUCAUUUUAAGUCUUUGAAAUCUUGUGUUGAAUUACAAUGGGAGUAGGGGGGAGGGAGGGGAGAACCAGCUCCUUUUUGUUCUUUGCUCUUGUUGGCGAUAAUGAAUGGAAGGAAUUUAAUCCAAUGAAAGUAAUGAAACUUAAUCCCUGCAAUGUGUCUUUGUUACCCGGUCCAAAGAACUAUUUUCAUGCAUCUUAUUCAUGCCGUGCCCUCCCUCCCCAGCUGAAGAUACUUCAAAUAGACUGCUUCAGAAUGCACACUAAUACAGCAGUAAGUCUAUCUUGGAAACCUUUCUAUUGAUUAUUUCAUUUGCCUGGCUGACUAGAGGAUUGAUCUUUUAUUACUAGCCUGAACAGUGAGGGUAGAAAGGGUUCUCAUCCAGCCCUCUGGUUGGGUUUUUAUCAGGAGCAUUUGUUUCAGUAAGUCUUGAAGUGCCUUAUGUUUUUAAAAGUGUAUUUUGCUAGAAGCAUAUGAAUGUAGAAUAUAUCUUAACAGUAUUUCAUUAUGAGCUGUAAAACA